AGGCAGGCAGGCAGCGCCACUUAAUGAGCGGCGCAAGUCCUCCACUCCGCUAAAUAGGGAGUGUUUUGUCAAUAUUAGCGGGACUACUUGGAGGAGGCGCUCUGGGGCGCGUGUGGUGGGGGUCUAUAAUUGGACAUGUGUUUUUCCCCUUUUUGUCAUUUGGAGAUCAACCGAUCCUUUUGUAAUUGUUUUUUAGUGAGAGUUCUCAAGAGGCUCCUUUCAGAAAACAUGGAGGCCCUGCAAGUAUUUAACGUGCGCAAUUUUGACGCGCAACGUCAGUCACUCCACGAGCGCGGCGGCCUCCCUCCGCUCCCACCUGCUCCAAAAUCCAAGAUUGAGUGAUGGAGGACGUUGUGUUCGAUUUGGACCAAGAUGGCUUGCCGGAUUUCGCCUUCUGGGGUCAGAUGGAGCAAAACCUGCAGUUCCAAACGCAGCUGGACACUUUGCUGCUGGACUGCAGCACCGCGGCGGCGGCCGGCGAGCAGCUGUCGCCCUGGUCGUCGCUGGGUUGCCAGUCGGUGUUUCCGGAGGCCCAGCUCACUUUGGCCGACUUUGACGCGCCGUCGCCCGCGGACGAGGAGGCGGACGGCUUCCCCGCGGACGAGUCGUCGGAAGCGGCCAAGCGGCAGCGCGCGCACCGGCUGCAGGUGUCCCAGCACCCGUACAAGGUGCAGAGGCACGCCGCCAACAUCCGCGAGCGCAAGCGGAUGCUGAGCAUCAACUCGGCUUUCGAGGAGCUCCGCUGUCACGUGCCCACCUUCCCGUACGAGAAGCGGCUGUCCAAGAUCGACACCCUGCGGCUGGCCAUCGCCUACAUCGCCCUCCUCAGGGAGAUCCUCAUGUCUGGCUGCGACCCCAAGUCCUACGUGGACGAGUGCAUGAAGAACGGCUACAAGAAUCACACCAACGCCAUUUGGAACACCAGCGAUCUGACAGCUCGUCUCUCCUGGAUAAAGUGGGAUUAGUUGGGGCACCCCCGAAUGUGGAGAUCUCAGUCUUGCUCUCUCCUCGACAUCUGCAGACUUCUCACUGGGUCGCACGCACGCACGCACCUCGGGCUUUUAAUAUUGUAAUUUCUUGUCCACUGGUCAUUGAGAGGCUUUGGCGGCGAGGCCUUGGAGGGACGGAAGGGCGUGGGCAUUGUUUGCCCAAAUGGAUGCCACUUGUCACAGAGCGAGAGUGGGCCACACUGGCAUGAGACUGAACGACUUUCAGGGCCCUUGCAUCCAGCGUUAGUGUUUUUGUUUUUUCCACGAGUCUCCAUGUGUGAGAAAAGAGUCUUGAUCAUGUAAAUGAGACGGCGGCGGCGGCGGCGAGACCCAGAUGACGCCACUACGGCAGCUUGCUGACACUUUUGUUUGUUUCUCGCAUCGUUUAUUUCUUGAUAUGUUUAUUUAUUUAUUUAUUGAACUCUUAAUUAUUGCUCAUUUCUGUUCAACUCGAGCUCAUGUGAACGUUAGCUUGUGUGACGGUGCACUUUGUCAUCUUUUUUUAUGAAACUUUUUGAAAUAAAGCUGUAGGCUGACGCAAA